ACGAUCCGGCACUUCCCCGCUCCACCUCCACUGAUAAGGUGCGGGGAUGCCUGUUGUAUUCAUCCCCCGAGGCAAGUCCUACCGCGGUGGGAUAUUUAAUUUGCCAUCUGCACCCAGGUUGAAGGUGUUGCAUCAACCGUUGGAAUGAAGUUCUUCGCCCUUCUGUCCACGCUUUCCACCAUAUCCGCCCUCCAUGUCGGGGCGGACUACCCGCAUCCUCUCGAGGACCUGGACAAAGACCUGCCGUUCUCCCAACCGGUCACUUUCGCACAUCUAGAAUGGCAACGCUGUCUCUCUGCCGACCACACCACCCCCCUCGACAUCGCCAUCCUCGGCUUCCCCUACGACACCAGCACCUCUUAUCGACCAGGCGCCCGCUUCGGCCCGCGAGGGAUCCGAGCAGGCUCGUCGCGCGAAAAGAAAGGCCGCAGCUACAACCCGAUCUGGGGCAUCGACCCCUACUCCACCCCCCUCAGCAUAAUCGACUGCGGCGACAUCCCGAUCACACCCUUCGACGCCUCGCACGCCUUCAAGCAGAUGGAACAAGGCUACCGGCAAAUCCUGCACCACGGCACUACCACCCCCUCCACGCACCCCCACCCCCGCAUUAUCAGCCUAGGCGGCGACCACUCCAUCGUUCUUCCCAUCCUCCGCUCCCUGAAAAGCAUCUACGGUCCUAUCUCGGUCAUCCAUUUGGAUUCGCAUCUGGAUACUUGGGACCCUGGGGCGGGGUAUACCGGUAUCGCGUCCGCGCAGUCGGCUAUCACCCAUGGGACGUUCUUCUGGCAUGCGGCCCGGGAGGGGUGUAUUGAUGCUGGACGGAGUGUGCAUGGGGGGCUGAGGACGAAGUUGUUCAGUGAGAGGGAUUAUGAGAUCGAUGAGCACGUGGUGGGGUUUCAUCGUAUUGAGGCCCAUGAGAUUGAUGAGAUUGGGGUGGGGGGGAUUGUGGAGAGGACGCUCGCCGUUGUGGGGAAUAAUCCGGUUUAUUUGUCCAUUGAUAUUGAUGAGGCAAAGGGGGUGGUGGGAUAUGUAUGCUGGGUGUUGACGAUGGCAGUGCUCGAUCCCAGCAUUGCGCCCGCGACGGGCACCCCCGAGUCCGGCGGGUGGACUACGCGCGAGCUGAAACGGUACAUCAAGGGGCUGGAGGAGUUGAAUCUGGUCGGGGCCGACGUCGUCGAAGUCAGUCCGCCGUAUGACUCCGCCGCGGAGACCACAUCCGUGGCAGCGGCAGAUCUGAUCGUGGAUAUUCUGGCAGCGAUGGUGAAGAAGACUUUGGAGAGCCAGAGCCAGAGCCAGAGCGAGGGUGAGGGUGAGGGUGAGGGUGAGGGUGAGGGCACGGCACGGCAGACAGCCAGGGACGAAUUGUAGGGUCUGACAGGGACUGAACUGCAGGGACUCAG